AUGAGCUGGUGGUGGGCUGGAGCUAUCGGGGCUGCUAAGAAAAAGUUCGAGGAAGAUGAUGCCCCACCCAAGUACCAGAGCGUGGCCCUGAUUGUGGGUGUGACGGGCAUUGUCGGCAACAGCCUCGCCGAGAUCCUCCCGCUGGCCGACACUCCCGGCGGCCCAUGGAAGGUCUACGGCUUGGCUCGCCGGCCCCGGCCUUCUUGGAACGCUGAUCAUCCCGUUGAAUAUAUCCAGUGCGACAUCUCCGAUCUUGAAGACACCCAAUCGAAGCUCUCACCUCUGUCGGAUAUCACCCACGUCUUUUAUGUCACUUGGGCUAGCAGAUCCACGGAGCUUGAGAACUGUGAAGUCAACGGCAAAAUGUUGAGGAAUUUACUCAGUGUCAUUAUCCCUAAUUGCCCAAAUUUGAAGCAUAUCUGCUUACAAACCGGACGAAAGCAUUAUAUUGGACCCUUUGAAUUGUUUGGAAAAGUAAGCUAUGAUCCUCCUUAUCAUGAAGAAUUGCCCCGGUUGGAGGGCCCCAACUUUUACUAUGUGCUUGAGGACAUUUUGUUUGAGGAAGUGGAGAAGAAGGAGGGAUUAACAUGGUCUGUUCACCGACCUGGAAAAAUAUUUGGGUUCUCUCCUUUCAGCGGGAUGAACAUUGUUGAAACACUCUGUGUGUAUGCUGCUAUUUGCAAACAGCAAGGUAUUCCCUUGAAGUUUCCGGGGUGCAAAGCAGCUUGGGAUGGUUACUCAGAUUGCUCCGAUGCGGAUUUAGUUGCCGAGCAUCAAAUCUGGGCUGCUGUUGAUCCCUAUGCCAAGAAUGAGGCUUUUAAUGUGAGCAAUGGAGAUGUAUUCAAGUGGAAGCAUUUCUGGCCGGUAUUGGCCGAGCAGUUUGGAGUAGAAUGUGGAGGCUAUGUUGGGGAGGAUCUGAGCUUGCAGGAAAUGAUGAAGGAUAAAGGACCAGUUUGGGAUGAGAUAGUUAGGGAAGAAGGGUUGGUGCCAACAAAAUUGGAGGACGUUGGAAUCUGGUGGUUUGCUGAUGUUGUUCUGAAAUAUCCUUGCCUUUUGGAUACUAUGAACAAGAGCAAGGAGCAUGGCUUUUUGGGAUUCAGAAACUCCAAAAAUGCUUUCAUUUCUUGGAUUGAUAAGCAGAAGGCUUAUAAGGUUGUUCCUUAG